UAUAUUAGUAAAUUUCUCUUAUAUAAACAAGUUCACUUAACACACUAUUGUCACCAGUACUUCUAGCCAAAUAGAACUUUAAUUGGUAUUGAAGUUCUAAGGCAAAAUGAUUUCCAAAGUGACUAACAUGGCUCUUGUAGUGCUGGUCCUAGUGACCAUGCUUUGGGCAAGGACAAUGGCUCAACAGAGCUGCACCAAUGUGCUGAUUAGCAUGGCUCCUUGCCUGAACUAUGUCACUGGUAGCUCGUCGACCCCAUCGUCUUCUUGCUGCUCGCAACUCGCUAGCGUUGUCCAGAAACAGCCUCGGUGCCUCUGCAUGGCGCUCAAUGGCGGUGGGGCCUCAUUGGGUGUUAACAUCAACCAGACACUUGCUCUUGCACUCCCUGCUGCUUGCAAUGUGGAAACUCCCCCCGUUAGUAAAUGUGGAACACUGGCUCCUAUUGGUUCCCCUGAUGGUUCACCAGAAAUGAGUGGGGGGAGCUCUUCGAGUGAAAUGAAGCUUAGUCUUAAUUUUACUCUUCUAGUGGUGCUUAUAGCAACCUAUGCUUCUUCUACUUACAGCAGCAGCAGCAGCUUCUGAUGAGAAUUAGUUGGAUCUUGGAAUUGUACUACUGUGUGUGUGGUGUGGCCUAUCCUAUUACUUUAUUUUCUACUUUAAAUUAUAUGUUGUCAUCUGGAUCUACUUAUAUCUAAGUAUUGGUCUUGUUUAAUUUCUGUUUUGUGUGAGAUAGGUUUCUUUAAUUAAUGUACUCAAAUAUUCUCACUAGAGAUAUACGUAUCAAUGUAAUCAAUAAAAUAAAGAUUUCCUUA